AUGUCAUUCCUAGUUGUCCGAAGUCGCGUCUUCAGUGCAAGGCUAAGAYYCCUCUAUUCAAGACGUCUCAGAAGCUUCGUUGACAAAGGGUUCAAUUUCCAGUCUAUAACAACAUUCUCUUCUAAUGCUGAUUACGUCAUCUGUGGUGCUGGUUCAGCGGGAUGUGUUUUAGCCAAUCGUCUGUCAGCUGAUCCRAGCAAUAGRGUUCUACUACUAGAGGCAGGACCAAGRGAUGCAUUGGCCGUUACAAUCCAAAUGCCCGCAGCUGUACGGCUGGCGGUAGGGGCAACCACAUACAACUGGUAUUACAACUCUGUACCCCAGAAAAAUCUUAAUAACAGGAUUAUAUUUUUAAAGACAAAGAGAGUAAGAGCAAAUAAAGAAGUAAUACUUUGUGGUGGUACAAUCAACUCCCCUCAGCUCCUMAUGCUUUCUGGUAUUGGUGAUGGUGAUGAACUAAAGAAGCAUGGGAUCCCUGUGGUUUGCCARCUGCCAGGGGUGGGYCAGAAUCUACAAGAUCAUUUGAAGCUAUGCAUACAACAUGCUUGCAUAAAACCAGUUUCAGUAUACAGUAAUUACAAAUUAUUGUUCAUGCUGUCUACUGGAAUCAAAUGGCRCUUUACAAGAYGAGGGACUGGGAUGAGUUCUCAUCUUGAAGUUGGGGCCUUUAUCAGAAGUCACACAGAUGUUACCCACCCAAAUAUUCAGAUCCAUUUCCUACCCGCUCUACUAUAUGACCACGGUAGACAGCAAGCCACAUGUCAUGGCUAUGAGGUGACUAAUAAUUGAGUGUUUGUAAUUCUUAAUUCAUAUUCAAAGUAUGCUCCCUUGAUUGACUUCAACUACAUGACAACCGAGAGGGAUUGGGAAGAAAUGAGAGCGUGUUUGCGCCUUGGAAGAGAACUUUCUCAGCAAAAGGCGUUUGAUGAAUUCAGAGGAAAAGAACUCAGUCCUGUAGGAAAAGACAUUCAAAGCGACAAACAGAUCGAUGAUUUUAUCCGCCAAACUGCGGAAACUGUUUACCAUCUUACAAGUACCUGCAAGAUGGGUGACUCUUCUAACAAAAUGGCUGUGGUCGACAAUGAAGCGCGUGUAUUUGGUGUUGAAGGACUUCGUGUGGUAGACGCGUCUAUCAUGCCAAGUGUGGUCAGUGGUAAUACCAGUGCGCCUACGAUCAUGAUCGCAGAGAAAGUGGCCGAUCAUAUCCUUGGUAACCCGUUGUUCCAAAGCAAUAUGUUGACAUCUACAAAACAUCAGAAGAAAAUUAAGAGACAAAGAUGACCUUCUGUUUUCUGACGGUAAAGAAGAUUUCACUCGCUUGUU